AUGGAUGAUAUAAUGUUUCCAGAAACAGAUGCAUAUGCAAGAAUCUAUGAGUUCAUCCUGUCAAUAGAUGAAUGCAUUAAAACAUCCACUCAGAAAAUAGAUGAAACACAGAUGCAAAUACUCAUAGACAUAUCUGCGAUAAUAAACGAUACAGAAAAGAGUCUUACACCUCAUAGAUAUGCGAACCUGGCAGCAAAGACAGUAUUCGAUACAAUAUGUAAGAAGUACGAGGAUAAGUAUUUACAGAAUUCAUUUGGAAACUCCACAAGACUCGACUAUGGAACAGGGCAUGAGUUGAACUAUCUUUGCUACUUGUACACAAAGUACUUUUACAAGGAGAUAGAUAUUGAGUGCAUAUUCACUACGCUGAUCAAGUACUUUGAGGUCAUUCGAGAGUUUGUGAAGAAAUUCAACCUAGAGCCUGCAGGUAGCCAUGGCGUGUGGGGACUUGAUGACUAUCAGUUUCUUCCAUUUCUAUUUGGGUCUUCUGAGCUUGUCUGCCAAAAAAUCAAGUCUAAUGAACCUGAUAUGCUUAAUAGUACAAGAUGUUAUUACGAAGCAGUGGCAAAUAAGCUUGGAGGUGCAUCACAGAUCCUCAAAAGCAUCACAGGAAAGGACUUGGCAGUCAUCAAUAGAGGAAUGAUCAAGAUGUAUGAUGAUCAUGUGCUACGAAGAGAUGUCGUAACACAACACUUUAUUUAUGGCGCUUGUCUACAGAGCAAGAGACACUCUCAGGAAACACUUUAUUAA